AUGUCUAGCAAUCCUAUUUUUCCUUUUUCGAAUCCAUCAAAUCCACAAAAUUCAGUAUUUUCCAUCAAUCCUUCUCAAAAGCCUACAGCAUUAUUUCAACCAAACGCUUUACCAGGUGAAGCUCCACAGUCUAUUUUUGGUAAACCAACGAAUGUAUUUCCAGCAAGCCAACCAAGUGCUUUUUCAUUUGGGGAGAAGAACCCAAGCUUGAUUCAACCCCAAAAAAAAGAAGCAUCGAGUAACCCAUUCUUAAACGCCCAAGCUCCUCUAAUGCAAACUCAAGGGGCUUUUUCAAUCCCAUUUCAAGCUAAGACAGAGACGUCCAGUUCUAAGCAGGAAACUCAAAGUGCCCAAGAGUUAAAAUCUAAUAAUCCAGAAAAAGAAGAAGAAAAAGCAGAAGAGCCCAAAAACGAAAAAAACCCAGAAAUCGAAAUCGAGUCCUUGGAAUCCUACAAAUCAAACUACAAAAAAUGUGAUGAUUUAAAUAAUAUAUUAAGAGAAGAACUCAAGGCAAAAAGCGAAGAAAUUAUCUCAUUAAAGCAAACAUUAACGGAAAAAGAUAAAAAGGAAAAAGAGAAGACUAACGAAAUCCAAGCAAAAACUGCAGGACUCAGCCAAGAUGCGGCUCAGAAAGAUAUGCUUAUUGCAAAAUACAAGGCUGAAAUGGAAGAAUUGCAUAGAAAAAAGCAUCAAUUAUCCUUAAAUAACUUUCAUCUUACUCCCUUACCGAUCGCUGUCGUUCAAUCAAGGGGUUUAAAAAAGUUUGUAAAUUAUAUAUAAUUUAUAUUAUAAUAAAAAAAAAAUUUCUAUGAAAUAUCUUAUGUAUGUGAUAUAUUAGAAAAUAUGCUUAAAAUCGAAGAAAAAUUGAGUGAGGGGGAUUAUAAAUAAUGUCUUAGGUUCAUUAUUGCUCAUAUGAGGCGGAGCCAAGCUGGCCUCAUUUUUUGGCUAUUAUAAAGCCAAUUGAUUAUUUCUCCCAAUUUUUUAGAAAAUUUUCAAUGGAAGAUGAAGAGAGUUAGGUCGAAAGUUGCGAUAUUACAAAAAAACUUGGAACUUGCCCACGAAAAUUUUAAAAAAAAGCUUCAAAAUCAUGAUGAUUUGCUCAGAGAGCAAAUAAAAGAACUAGAAAAACAAAAUAAAUUCGAAAAAGAGAAAUUUGUAAAAGAUGUAAAGUCAAUCAAAAGAAAGUUCAAGAGCGAGAUGACUGCAGAAUUAAAGCAAAACUUGGUAGAAGCUAGCAAAUUUCAAUUCCAUAAUGCAGAUUACACAGAUAAUCUCGAUGAAAUUGCCAAUUUAAAUCAACAAAUUUUUCUAAAUCAAAGAAUUACAAUAAAAUUUCUAUCAAUUGAAAAAAUUUAAUUUUUUUAAUUAAAAAAUAAUGAUUAAUAGAAUAAUUUUUUUUUUAAAAAAAAAAUAUUGUAAGGACUAAGAAAACCAAGGAAUUAGAAGCAAUUAAGGAUGAAAUUGAUUUUAAUUCAAAUUCAUUGGAGAGAAUAAAGGGGAAUAUUAACACCCUCUCAGCGUAUGAAGUACAAAAAAACAACCAUUUUAUGCAGGAAACUUAUGGGGUUGUGCUUGUAUUUUUACUUGGAUUUCUAGCACAUAUUUUAGUAGGUCCAUAUCUUGGUUUAAUCAAAUAA